GGGGCGCCGUCGUUAUGGUAACAGAUUACAGGCAAAAAUAUUUUCAGUUCGCUCUGUUAGCACUUUCUGCUGCAGUGGCUUCAAACUACGAGUCCAAAGAGAGGGUGCAUUUCAUUUAACGACGUCUACACGAGCUUUUAUUCAGGAAGUAUUUUAUUUAUUUGCCAGGACCAUCAGUUUUGGCCUUUUAUAUUUUAAAAAGUCACUAGUGCAUCAGUGCUAACUCUGUGUUUGUGACGAGCGGGGAGGCUGAGAGGUGGAUGAGGAGGAGGAGGAGGAGGAGGAGGGGUUGUGUGGGGGAAGUUACGGCAGCUGCCUUUGCAGCAGAGGACCAAGGAGGAUGUUAGUGUGUGUGUGAGUGUUUGUGUGGUUUUGCGGGACAAAAUGCGGAUGUGAAUUGUGUCCGAACGCUGACAUGUCGCCGGAUCUCGUGGACGUAGUUGCAAAGAGGAGUCUGUGAGCCGAAAAGGCCGACGAUCUAAAAGCCGCAGUGCCGGGAGGAAAUGAACUCAACUUGUUUGAAAUGACAUGGAUGGGGCGACUUGAAUGGUGCACUCCUGCAUGACUGGCUCACUCCUGAGGAAAAUGUAGCUACCUGUAGGCUGCUCUUAGUCUUUUUUCCUGAUUGAAACAGCUUGGAUGUUCUGUUGAGAUCUAUCACCCACAACCUUGGUAAAAGGAUGGAGAGUGGAGUCUUUCUGCCCUGCCUAGAUCAGUUCAUGCUGAGCCCACUUGUCACUUGGGUGAAGACAUUUGUGCCAAAUGAUGCGGGCGUGCAUUUGGACUUUUCUGAAUUACUGGAUGGAGACUUUUUGAAUGACAUAAUGACCCAAAUAAAUCCCUCCGCUACACCUCAGGGAGUAAACAAAGCAAGCAGGGAUCCAAGUCAAAGGAUCCAGAACCUGAACUUUCUUGUCCAGCAGAUCAAGACCUAUUAUCUGGAUAACCUGAGACAAUUAAUCAUGAUUCCUUUGCCAAACGUGUUGCUGCUUGGCAGGACUCCUUACUGUGAACAAAGUCUGGAGGAAAUGAAGAAACUUUUGCUGUUACUGCUGGGAUGUGCAGUUCAGUGUGAAAAGAAAGAGGAGUACAUCGAGAGGAUCCAGACGCUUGACUUUGACACAAAAGCUGCAAUAGCCGCACAUAUUCAGGAGCUGACCCACAGUCAGGAGAAUGUGCUGGAUCUGCAGUGGUUGGAGUCUAGUGAGAUGAAUCCAGAUGAGGUGGAGGCCGUACUGAAGAACAUGGCCACACACCUCCGACACCUGCUGGACCAGAGGGACACCCAUCUGGAGACUAUAGCAGAGCUAAUGCAGGAGAAGGAGGGCGUGGUUAGCUUGCUCGGUAGCCCCUCCAGCCCGCAGUCCGGCGGCUACUCUCCCAGCAUUCAGCAGCAGCAGCAGGCGGGGUCCCAGCAACACCUGGCAGUGGAGCUGGCUGACUCCAAGGCCAAGAUCAGACGACUAAGGCAAGAACUAGAGGAAAAGAGUGAACAGAUGCUGGACUGCAGACAUGAGCUGGAGAACAUGGAGGCAGAGCUGAAGAGGAUCCAACAGGAGAACUCCCAGCUGGUUGGGGAUGCCCGUGCAGCCCGCACCUACCGAGACGAGCUGGAUGCACUGAGAGAGAGAGCCAUCAAGGCAGACAAGCUGGAGAGUGAAGUGGGACGUUACAGAGAGCAGCUGCACAAGUUGGAGUUCUACAAGGCCAAAGUGGAGGAGCUAAAGGAGGAUAACAGGGUGCUACAGGAGACCAAAGAGGUGCUGGAGGAUCAGUUGGCAGGCUGGAGGGCUCGCUCGGAUAAAAUCCACCAGCUGGAGAAGCACAUUCUGAUGCUGAAGGCCCGAGUUCAUGACAUGGAACAGGAGAGAGAAGCUGAUCGGAGGCGUGUUGAGGAGUUGCAGGAGGAGAACCUGGCUUUGUGUUUGGCUCAAAGGAGGAGCAUGGAGGAGUCUCAACACCUGGGCUGGGAGUUAGAGCAGCUCUCCAAGACCAAUGAGAACUCCCAGGGCCAACAGACUCUGAGUGAGGAGGUGAGUGAGAGGACCCGCAGUCGGAAUGUUGAAGCUAGAAAGGAGAACCAAAGUCUCCUGAGGACCAUAGAGGAACUCAGAACAACCUCUAUCAGCAAGAGCCCACAACCCAAACAUAGUCACCACAAUGAGUGUGACCGUGUCUGCCAGGUGGUCUGUAGCACUAACAACUGGACCUCAUCAACAGACGAACCCUCGGGGCUACAAACCUCCUGCUCACAUAUGCUGAAUGGAGAUUCAAACUCCCAUCAGCAACUGCACACAGAGGAGCUGGAGGGAGUCCAGAGCGAGAUCCUCCUCACAGAUAAUCCAGACCUUCGUAUUCAAGAGAAGGGACAACUGGAGGACGGAGACGGAGGAGAGCAUUUCAAAGAACUGAUGUCUGAUCUGGAGGUUUUAGAAAACGUUCACAACAGGCUCCACUGUUUUGUGGGAUCACGUGAUCACUCCCCUGGCUCAAAGAACAGCAGUCCCUGCCAUGACAGAAUCCUCACAGGUCUGCCAACACGUUCCUCCUACACCAGCAAGCACACACAGCGGCUGGAGGCCAAGUGCAAGGCCCUGGACACAGUAAAUCAGCAUCUACAGACUUCUCUUGACAACACUGACCGGAAAGUUCAGCGCCUGGAGGCAGAGGUUCAGGAGCUGGAGGCAGAGAACCAGAGUCUGCAGGCCACUUUAGAGGAGCUUCGGAUCUCUGCAAGACGCCUCGAGCAACUGGAAACAGAGAAGCAAAGCCUGGAGCAAGAAACAACAGCUCUGGAGAGAGACAAGAGGCAGCUGGAGAAAGAGAAUCGACGUCUCCGCCAGCAGGCUGAAAUCCAGGAAGCCAACUUAGACAGCAGUAAUGUCUGUAUGGCCAGUCUGGAGAGGGAGAUGAGACUUCUGGUGAAGGAGGCGGAGGGGUUACGGGAGACUGCUGAGAGGGUCAAAGGCUUGGAAAGAGACAACAGGGAACUGACCAAGCAAGCUGCUAUCGACCAGAGGACCCUGGCCACGCUCAGAGAGGAGCUGGUGAGUGAGAAGCUGAAGAACCAGCAGAGAGACAAUGAACUGGAGAGGCUGACCCAUGAGCUGGAGAUGAGGAACCUGUGCCAGGAGCGUACACAGCAGGCUGAGCAGGAGACGCCAGACAACAGGUUCAAGAUGCUGGAGUCAGAGUUGGAGUCGUCUCUGAAAAAGUCUCUGCAGAUUAAAGAGGACAAGAUGGCCGCCCUGGAGGCCCGUCUGCAGGAAUCCUCUGCCUUGAACCAGCAGCUACGCCAAGAGCUCAAGACUGUGAAGCUGAGCUAUGAGGCUUUGCAGCAGAGGCAGGAGGAGGAGGGGACAGCGUCGGGUUCCACCCCUCCAACAGAGACCAGCAAAGCAAUGAGUGAGUGGCUGCGUGAAAGCCAGGAGGCCACCAAGGAGCUGCUAAAGGCCAAAGACCAUCUUAUUGAAGUGGAGAGGAAUAAUGCGACACUGGAGGCAGAGCGCCAGGCUAUGCAGGCCCAGCUGAAGCAGCUGGAGAGUCAGUCUGACAGCCAGCAGGCUCAGAUCCUCGCCCUGCAGAGGCAGGCUGCCUCACUGCAGGAGAACAACACAGCCCUGCAGACACACAACGCUAACCUGCAGGUGGAGAAAUCUACGCUGAACUCACAGAGCGCCUCCCUCAUGGCCCAGAAUUCUCAGUUGCAGCAGCAGCAGUCAAGGACAGAAAGCGAGCGGGACAGCGCCAUACAGGAACGCGAGGAGCUGCGCGGCGUCCACGAGCAGCUCUUACGAGAUCACGAGCGGCUGACAGCUCUGCACGAGCGGCAAGCCAUGGAGUACGAGGCCCUGAUGGGCAAACACGGCUGUCUGAAAAAUGCUCACCGCACACUGGAGCUGGAGCAUCGCACACUGCAGGACAGAUACAAUAGCCUGUUGCAGCAGCGGGCCAAGCUGGAGGACCUGGAGAAAGCCUUGAAAGAGGAGCAGAUGAGGAUGGCUCUGGAGAAAGAACAGCACAAAACAACUGCCGCUGAAUGUUGCAGGCUGCGUGAUGAGAAGGACUGGCUGAACCAGACGUACCGUCAGCUCCUUAAUGACAACGAAUUGCUGACAGCAGAUCACAAGCAGCUCAAGAGCCAGCUGAAUGAGGCCAAGCUGGAGCACACCUGGCUGGAGGCCGACUUCUCCAAGCUCAAGAAGGAGUUUCAGCAGCUGGACAUCGCCUCUACAAAACUCAACAACCAGUGUGAGUUGCUGAGCCAGUUGAAGGGCAACCUGGAGGAGGAGAAUCGCCACCUACUUAGUCAGAUCGAGACCCUGAUGCUACAAAACCGAACACUGUUGGAGCAGACUAUGGAGAGCAAGGAUCUGUUUCAUGUUGAAGAGCGACAGUAUAUUGACAAGCUUAAUGAUUUGAGGAGGCAGAAGGAGAAGCUGGAGGAAAAGAUAAUGGACCAGUACAAAUUUUAUGAGCCCUCGCCUCCUCGCAGACGUGGAAACUGGAUAACUCUGAAACUGAAGAAGUUGAUUAAAUCUAGUAGCCGUGAACAUGGACCGGACCGCCCCCCCACGCCCACACACUCGGGUGUUACUGAGUCACACCUGGUCUGUCAUGACAAUGGCUCCUUCAUCAGUUCAGAUGGCUCUGGAGCCUCCAAUUCAGCAGGUGAUGCCAUCUCACCCCAGCGUCGCACCACAUUGAGAAUGUUUCCCCGUAUGAGGAACAGGCUGAAGGACAGAGACAAAGUCAAGUCCAUCUUCCGUCGUUCCAUGUCCCUGAGCAGCUUGGCAUCUCCUGUGGCCCAGUGGACAGACAGCUCAGAGCAGCAGAAAGGGUCAGAGGCUGAUAUGGAGGAGGACAGGAAGGAUGCACUGACCUCAUCCCUUACCACCUCCAUCUUGUCCAUUCUCCACCUUCAUCAUCAUCCCACCACUCCACCACCUGGCCGUCUCCACACCACUACCAACACCAACACCACAGACACUGUUCCAGAUGUUUCUGAGCUGUGGGUGACAGACAAGGAUUCAAAUGAUAGAGCUGUGCCAUCUGGAUUUGAGGACAACGACGAGCUGCAAAAUCACGCUCUGAAUGGCGUCCAGAGUCGAGCACAGAGUGAGAGCAGCGGUGAGUUCAGCCUGAGUCUGGAGAACGAGCCGUGGUCGAACGGCAGCAGCCCCAUCCAGCAGCCUCCGUCACGCCGCUCCUCCUCCUCUUACCAGCCUCCCAGCGAUACCUCCACGCCCCAACACAAGCAGAAAGCUUCCACCAUGCCCAUUACCAAAUGUCAGAAUUCAGAUCUCCAGUCCACAGCCAAACAGAAAGAUCUUGGGCUCUCUCAGGACUUCUGGCUCACUAGGGGUACAAAGAGCAUCCGAAGGGGGUCACGAGGGAAAGUGACACGUCGCUCAUCAGAUGCAGGGGGCACAGACAAAAUUAACCCAGGGCUUAAUGAGAUGAAUUCGAAAUCGAGCUUGAGCAAAGCUGACGCCAUCCGAGCCUCAGCUUGUUCACCAAUCACCGUGUUGUAUGUUCAGGGGAAGUCUUCCUCGAUGUCUGGCUGCCUCAACUGUUUCUCCACUCCUCUGGGGAAAGAGGGGCGACUGAAAGGGCCUAAAUCACCAAAAAGUCUCCCCCGUGCCAGCAGUGUCAUUUCUACAGCAGAGGGCUCAUCCCGACGUUCCAGUGUCAACAGCGACUGCAGGGUGACAGUCAAGACUGACUCUCACCAAGCCCAGGUUUCACAAGAGAGCCAUAAUCAAGAGGGAGCUAUUAAUCAGAAUCAACAACCAGACCCAGACACUAAAAACAGUGAGCCUGAGCCAGUUCCUCCUGUCAAACCUCCCAGAGACCCAGCAGUUGUUGUUCCCACAGACCACCCCAAAUCCCCAGUGCAGGAGUCACUUUUUGGCUCCUCGUUCACUUUCAACUCCGUCUUCUCAAACACGAUCUUCAGCGAUUCUGUGGUCAUGACCACGACCAGUCUGGAUGCACUCGACAGCAACCAGACCUUCCUCUGUCUGAAUCCAUCUCUGGUACAGAACUGUCCAGCUGAGAGCCAGGAGCCCUCUCAUAACACACCUCAGACAGUGCUCAACAUGGAUGAUGAACCAGAGUCAAAAUGCAGAACAUGCAGCUGGGCUGGAAGAGAAGGACAAGCCACUUGCUAUUGCAUGAGGGCAGCUGUUACAUCAUUGAUUAUUAUGCCAUUCAAAUACAGCAGACGGCUACAAGGCCCCCGUUUUAUCACAUCAACCGAAGCACACAAUUUAAGUCACUGUAACUGAAUCAUAUUCCUCUGACUAAGUAUACAAUUAUCCUAAAAGUUGUGUUGAAUAAAAAGAUGUUUGGAUGCUUUUGGUUCAGAUUUCUGUCACACUGCUUCAGUAACAUGACCAGCUUUUACUUUAUAUACAGUAUACCUGUGUAAGAGACUAUUCAGCAAUUCACAGUAUUAUGUUUCUGUUCAGAUUUUGCACAGGCUGUCAAUAAUAUACUAAAAUAAGAGAUAUUCUUUUUUGCCCAUGAAUAAUUAGAUUGAUGUUUGUGACCCAAGCCUGUUUAGCUCUGCUUUACCGCACUGACAAUCCUGUGUUAUGUGUAGUUGUGUUUGCCAAAACAUUUUGUUCAUGUCUGCUAUUAUUUAUGCCUGUCUGUCACUCAGACAGGACCUUUAACUUAUUGUAAGUUGCUUUCUGUGUCACUUUGAUUUGAAUUUAAGUCUGAGGGGUAAAUGUGAUGUUCACAUGUGAGAAAAUGUGUAAAUCUUGUAAAAUAGGAUGUGCACCUGAAUGUUAUUUUCCCUUAAAUAAAGAAACCCUCUGUGUGAAAUA